AGGUUGGCGUCGGAGUUCCGCGGCCUGCGAAUCUCUCCGGAGGGAAAAGCUUCGUGUCAGUUUCGCAACAAAAACACACAUCCUCAACACCUCCUAUCACAGUAGACGCCGCGUUACCUCUCGCAUUCUUUCAGCGAUGAUCCGAGAUAUCCAUAUUGCUCGUGGGAAGCGAGUUGAUGAAACACUCAACGUUCAACGCCCCCCACUUUCCCACAACUUCUUGCGUUCGUUCCCCAAAGAAGCCUACAUAGACCUUCCUCUCGCAUCCGUCGUGACGCUCUGGUCCGACCACUCUUCCUUAUCAUGACUGCCCAGACAUCUUGCUCUGCUGUUCUCCCGGUUUUCGAAGGCGAAGCUGACUUCGAUUAUCCUCUCGCGAAAAAACCGCUCAAAACGUGGUAUAAAAUCACAGGAGAGCUCACCGCCACAUCCAUACCACUCAUCAUUCUUCACGGUGGACCAGGCGUCGGUUCCGAGGCAUACGACCCUCUCGCCGAUCUCACCUCUACCUACUCUAUCCCCAUCAUCCAAUAUGAUCAGGUCGGAUGCAGAAAUUCCACUCACUUCCCCGAGAUGGCGACCGCAGGUCCCGAGUUCUGGAACGAACGCAUGUUCGUCGCAGAGCUUCACUCUCUCGUCAGCCAUCUUGGUCUCGACAAGGAGGGGCGUCAGUACGAUCUAAUAGGUCAUUCAUGGGGUGGGAUGUUCGGUACGAACUUUGCUGGGGGAAGGCCUAAGGGGCUGAGGAAGUAUGUGGUGUGGUCUUCUGCGGGAUCUAUGGAGGUGUGGAAUGAGGGCCAGCGAGCCUUGAGGAGCAUGCUGCCGAUGGAUGUGCAGGAGAAGCUCGACGAAGAGAACGGGAGGGUGGGGAGCGACGAGUACCAGCAAGGGAUGAAGGAGUUUUACGAAAAGUUCAUGUGCCGCCUAAGCCCGAUCCCGAGCAAGAUCAUGGCUGGUUUCAUGGAGAACAAGAAAGACCCGACAGUUUAUACUGCAAUGUGGGGCCCCAAGAACUUUUCGACCGUUGGAUUGAUUCGUGACUGGACCGCACUCGACGAUAUCCCCAAAAUCGACGUGCCUGUGCUUCUGCUCAAUGGCCAUCAUGAAUUGAGCCACGAUCUCUGCACCAUCUCGUUCCUCUCCAGGUUGAAGCAGGUGAAAUGGGUUCAAUUUGCACAUUCAGCACACAUGGCACACUUCGAGGAGAGAGAGAGGUUUAUGGAGGUCGUCGGUAGUUUCUUGAAGGAUGCUUGAAAUUUGUUAUAUGGGAUUACGCAACCUGACUGUAAGUGACUGGAUCGAGGCGACCUUUCAUUUUCCUUGUGUAGUAUGCGAUUUUGUAUUGUUCGCACGGCUUCCAUUUCUUUCCUGUCUACGUCUUCUCCAGUUCCGGCACUAUUCAUUGGUAUCCCUACAAAGAAAAAGACUGCAGC